AUGGAUUCGAACCCCAUGGAUGUUCAUGAGCCGGAGUGGCUGCUUUGCCCCCUCACGGCCUGUAUGUUCCGAGAGCCAGUGGUUAACAUCUUUGGCAACACGUAUGAACGAGACAUUUAUCAAGAGGCUUUGAAGCAUCGUCUGGUCGACCCCUUGACGAACCAGCCAUUGCCGCGUCCCGACGGAGGCCCUUUGCUUCCAAACCGCUCGGUGCGCUCGGCCGUGGAGUCGUUCCUACAGCAGCACAAAGGCUAUUUGCCGCGGGGCUGGCCCAGCUUCGACGUGCCUACCAGCGCGGUGCAAUUAGAAACCACCCUCUCAUUCGUGAAUAAUGACUGGGAGAACUUGGAGGGCGGCGGCCCCAAGCGACUGCGCCUGCAGAGAGUCGCGGGAUGCCUGAAGCUGGCGGCACGCGCCUUGUUCUCCCUGCGACCGGUGUUGCCAGAGUACGACCCGCGCACUGACGCGAGUCGCCACAUCCAGCGAGUGGGUAGCGUCCUUGGCAUGUCGCUGGGCCUGUCCAUGGGCCGCAUGGGCUGGGCGCUGUGCGCCCGCCUCAUGGGCGCGCUGGCGGGGCGCCGGCCCUUGGCGCCGGUGUCGCUGCUGGCGCGCCCAGACGCCACCGGGUGUGACUGGCUGCGCGCAGUGUACCGGCUAACACUGCCGUUGCCACUGGAGUGGUUACACGUGAUUCUGGGUAGGUUGCUGCUGGGCCGCUUUGUUCUGGUCCGCUUGCUGGUGAAGGAAGCAGUUUGGGCAAAGCUGCCACAAAACAUCUUUUACGCGGCCAACUUGUGCAAAGAGGAAGUGACCUAUGGAAUGCCGCAGGAGCUCUGCGAAUACCUCUUUAUGCCGAUUGCAUUGGCUUCGUGUAUCCACUUUGUGGUGCUGGGCCGGGAGAUCGCCCAAAAGUGCGCUGCCAAGAAGCACGACGAGAUGCAGGCGACGGAGUGGCGAGCCACGCAGAGCCUCUGGGCAGCUGUGGUAGGUACCAUGAAGGUGCUGCCGCUGACGGGUGCCAUGUACAGCUUCGCGGCGCUUCUGGUAAGAGCUGCUGUCUUCACCAUAG